AUGAUUCGUCUUGCGCCAUCGCCAAAGAAACCGUUACCAGCGCGGUCUAUCCUCAGCAAAGAUAAACAGCCGGAGAACGCAAUUGAUAACAGCGAAGAAGACCAGCGAAAGCCCGACAACCGAUUUGAAGCUAGAAAACCCAAAAGCAAUCACAAAUUCGAAGAAUUUGACCCUACACCUUUAGUGCGAGUUGUUGGGUUCACCCCGGGAUCGCGUGAGACUCCGUCCUCAUCCUCCAACUUCAACCGGCAAAGAGCUCUAGCGCAAAGCACGGCAAAGCAGCUCGAGUGGCGACUUUCUACCGCUACGGACUACGAGCCUGUGCCAGUCGCGGCCGGCGGCGUAAUUCCCAAGUGUGAAAACCCCGCCGCAGCCAGCUGUAAUUUAAGGUUGUUCAAUCUGCCUUACCAACUGUGGCGAAAAUAUGUCCAGCAUCACCUAUUUGAGAACUACGGGUCCAAAAGACCUUGGGGCAGGCGUGUCUAG